AUGGGCAUGCUGAGCCGACGUGCGGACGCGUUGAACCUCGACCCCUCGACGGAAAUCGUCUAUGAUGGGUACGUUCCGGUGACCUUUCUGUGGAACAUUCUCCCCGAGGCGAUCCUCUACGGUGCACUCGCAGUGCUAUUGGUGCUCGACAUUUACGUCAUCACCACUCGAGCAAAGCGCAAGAUCGUAACAGUUAACAAGCCUGUACUGGUUGUAGUGACCCUCAUGUUCCUCGUUGCAACCACCCAUAUCGUUGCGAAUAUCUACCAAUCAUAUGUGGACAUGUCGGAAAAUGGUAUCAGAUUGGGCAACAUCGAUCUCGGGGUCGCUCAGAUUGUGCAGGUGGCUGCCUUUCUGAUGCAAAUGUGGGUAGGAGACGGUUUCAUGCUAUACAGGCUUUGGAAGAUAUGGGACAAGGACAAACGGGUGACCAUCCCGAUGUUGGUUGGGUUCCUCGUCAAUAUUCGCGAGUGA